AUGCAGCCUGGGCAAGGACCGCGAGCCAGGCCCCAGCUUGUGAGAGAGCCCCUCAUCGCUGUUCUCUCUCUCUCGAACGCUUCAGAUUCCCAGAAAACUUGCGCUUUCAUCAUCAUGACGUGUUCGGAGACCCGACGCCGUGGGCAUGAUGAGAGCCGGCCGCUGCUCGCCGCUGCGCGAAAUGGCCAGGAUGCUCGUCGAAAAGGAUUACUGCAGAGUGCGCUUGGGGAGGGGAGACACGCCGUCAUGGCAGUGUUGACGUGCAGCUAUUCCAAUGUGCUUCUCCCCUGCGUCCCUCUGGGCCUCAUGGCAGGCGGAUGGGCAUGGCCGCCAGCCGCCGUCUUCCUUGUCAACUUCCUGGCCAUGCUGCCGCUGGCUUCUAUCCUCACGUUUGGGACCGAGCAGUUGGCCGCCAUUGUUGGUUCCGUUGCCGGUGGCCUCAUCAACGCCACGUUUGGGAAUGCUGUAGAGAUGAUUGUUGGAAUAAGCGCCCUGAGAGAGUGUGAAAUAUCCAUCGUCCAGUCAAGCAUGAUUGGAAGCAUUUUGUCUUCUAUUCUGCUGAUUCUUGGAACUUGCUUCCUGCUCUCUGGCCUGGGGAAAGAGACAGUCGAGAUCAACAUCGAUGUCGCCGGCGUCUUGACAUCCCUCAUGAUCAUAUCGUGUGUGUCCCUCAUCAUGCCCUCGGCACUGCACAUGGCCGACCCGACGCAGGGCGGCUCCAACGACCAUCCGAGCGAGCACGUCUUGCUCCUGUCGCGCAUCACGGCAGUCAUACUCCUGCUGUUCUACCUCAUAUAUCUGUACUUCCAGUCGGUAACGCAUGCGGACCUGUUCAGCGAGGAGGAAGACCAGCCCGAGGACAAGCUCCACGGACUCUCCAGCAGCGUCAUUCUCGUCCUCGCCACCCUCGGCGUCUCUUUCUGCUCCGACGCGCUCGUCGAUAGUGUCGACGGGUUUGUCGAAGCGUUGGGAGUCAGCAGGAGCUUCAUCGGUCUCAUCAUCGUGCCCAUUGUCGGCAACGCAGGGUGUCUGGUAGGGACGGUCCAGUGGUCCAGGUCCGACCGCGUGAACCUGGCCGUUUCCGUCAUUGUCGGGGCGACGCUGCAGAUUUCGCUCUUCGUCACGCCCUUCCUCAUCGUCGUCGGCUGGGUCAUGGGCAAGCCCAUGUCGCUGCAGUUUGACACGUUUGAGACCAUUGUCCUGACAAUGUCGACGUUGGUGGUCAACUGUAUAGUGCACGACGGAUCGACGAAUUACUUUGAGGGCCUGUUGCUGGUCGGCACGUACUUCAUUGUCGGCAUCGCCUUCUUCGUGCACCCGGAUGCUGUCUCGGGCACGGCUGGGUCGUGA